AUGGGACGGGAGAAAGAGGUAGGGAGCAUGCAUAGAAGAGGCGAUAUUUGCACCCACUCAGAAGUCACAAGCAAGCAUACCUCCCGUUUGGCUGCUGUUCGCCAGCACCACCCCCUCCUCCUCAUCCUCCUCAUCCUCCUCAUCUUCCUCAUCGUCUUCCUCAUCUUCCUCAUCGUCUUCCUCAUCUUCCUCAUCGUCUUCCUCAUCUUCCUCAUCGUCUUCCUCAUCUUCCUCAUCGUCUUCCUCAUCUUCCUCAUCGUCUUCCUCAUCUUCCUCAUCGUCUUCCUCAUCUUCCUCAUCGUCUUCCUCAUCUUCCUCAUCGUCUUCCUCAUCUUCCUCAUCGUCUUCCUCAUCUUCCUCAUCGUCUUCCUCAUCUUCCUCAUCGUCUUCCUCAUCUUCCUCAUCGUCUUCCUCAUCUUCCUCAUCGUCUUCCUCAUCUUCCUCAUCGUCUUCCUCAUCUUCCUCAUCGUCUUCCUCAUCUUCCUCAUCGUCUUCCUCAUCUUCCUCAUCGUCUUCCUCAUCUUCCUCAUCGUCUUCCUCAUCUUCCUCAUCGUCUUCCUCAUCUUCCUCAUCGUCUUCCUCAUCUUCCUCAUCGUCUUCCUCAUCUUCCUCAUCGUCUUCCUCAUCUUCCUCAUCGUCUUCCUCAUCUUCCUCAUCGUCUUCCUCAUCUUCCUCAUCGUCUUCCUCAUCUUCCUCAUCGUCUUCCUCAUCUUCCUCAUCGUCUUCCUCAUCUUCCUCAUCGUCUUCCUCAUCUUCCUCAUCGUCUUCCUCAUCUUCCUCAUCGUCUUCCUCAUCUUCCUCAUCGUCUUCCUCAUCUUCCUCAUCGUCUUCCUCAUCUUCCUCAUCGUCUUCCUCAUCUUCCUCAUCGUCUUCCUCAUCUUCCUCAUCGUCUUCCUCAUCUUCCUCAUCGUCUUCCUCAUCUUCCUCAUCGUCUUCCUCAUCUUCCUCAUCGUCUUCCUCAUCUUCCUCAUCGUCUUCCUCAUCUUCCUCAUCGUCUUCCUCAUCUUCCUCAUCGUCUUCCUCAUCUUCCUCAUCGUCUUCCUCAUCUUCCUCAUCGUCUUCCUCAUCUUCCUCAUCGUCUUCCUCAUCUUCCUCAUCGUCUUCCUCAUCUUCCUCAUCGUCUUCCUCAUCUUCCUCAUCGUCUUCCUCAUCUUCCUCAUCGUCUUCCUCAUCUUCCUCAUCGUCUUCCUCAUCUUCCUCAUCGUCUUCCUCAUCUUCCUCAUCGUCUUCCUCAUCUUCCUCAUCGUCUUCCUCAUCUUCCUCAUCGUCUUCCUCAUCUUCCUCAUCGUCUUCCUCAUCUUCCUCAUCGUCUUCCUCAUCUUCCUCAUCGUCUUCCUCAUCUUCCUCAUCGUCUUCCUCAUCUUCCUCAUCGUCUUCCUCAUCUUCCUCAUCGUCUUCCUCAUCUUCCUCAUCGUCUUCCUCAUCUUCCUCAUCGUCUUCCUCAUCUUCCUCAUCGUCUUCCUCAUCUUCCUCAUCGUCUUCCUCAUCUUCCUCAUCGUCUUCCUCAUCUUCCUCAUCGUCUUCCUCAUCUUCCUCAUCGUCUUCCUCAUCUUCCUCAUCGUCUUCCUCAUCUUCCUCAUCGUCUUCCUCAUCUUCCUCAUCGUCUUCCUCAUCUUCCUCAUCGUCUUCCUCAUCUUCCUCAUCGUCUUCCUCAUCUUCCUCAUCGUCUUCCUCAUCUUCCUCAUCGUCUUCCUCAUCUUCCUCAUCGUCUUCAUCACCUUUCCCACCCUCUCUUUUGGAGAACAUACCUCCGGUUUGACUGCUGUUCGCCAGCACCACGCCCUCCAUCUCAUCCUCGUCUUCAUCCUCAUCUUCCUCAUCGUCUUCCUCAUCCUCCUCAUCAUCCUCAUCACUAUCAUCUACAAGUGCUCUCGACCAAUCCCUGGCAUUCAAACACAGUUGGGCUCCCCUUCCCACCAGCAGGGCUCCCCUUUCCGCCUGCAGGAGUGCCCUUACCCCCCGGACUUGCCUUCCCCCCCGGGCUUCCCUUGCCCUUCGGUGUUCCCUCUGCUUCCCUCUCCUCCUCUUCUCCCUCCUCCCCUUCCUCUCCUUCCUCCCCCUCCUCUUCGUGCGAUGCUAGCACCCUGA